UGAAGGGCUUCUUCCGGAGUUGACGGGUUGUAGCCCUUUGUCAGGGGGCUGUGGGAUCUCUAGGGUUCCCGCAAAUCCAUCGAUGUAGGAGCCCAUCUGCUGCUUUCCUGCAUGGCGAUCAAACUUUGAACCUGCCAAGCUCCCACAUUGCAAAAGUUGCUGCCGGCAAAAGCGCCACACAAAGCACCAGGCCUCUUACAGUACAUAGCUCGACAGGAACUCAUUGGGCAAGAUGGUUCUUAAGGCGGUCGCCGUGCUGCAGGGUCAGAGCGAUGUUUCAGGGACAGUCACCUUCACGCAGGAUGGAGAUGGUCCCACUCACGUGGAGGGGCAGAUCAAGGGCCUGAAGCCGGGCCCCCACGGUUUUCACAUCCAUCAAUUGGGGGACACCACCAAUGGCUGCAUGUCGACCGGCCCCCAUUUCAACCCCACCAGCAAGACCCACGGCGCACCUGGCGACGAGGAGCGUCACGUGGGCGACUUGGGCAACGUGAUCGCCGGGGAUGACGGCGUCGCCUCGCUCAAGCUCGAUGACAUCCAGAUUCCCCUGACCGGGCCCCACUCCAUCAUUGGCCGCGCGGUCGUGGUCCAUGCUGAUGUGGACGACCUUGGCAAGGCUCAGGCUGUAGUCAGAGUAAGGAAAAAGCGUUGGUUUGAGAAAAGCGGGGAAGAGGAGGAGGGUUGGGGGCGACUGAAAGGGAGAGAAGGGGGAGAGGGGACGGGAAAGAGACCUCGGAAAUGCGGGGAGGAGGGAGGGGUUUGCGGGGAUGGGCUGAAGGUGGGCACGAGCUCAGCAAGACCACUGGCAAUGCGGGAGGCCGUCUUGCAUGCGGCGUCGUUGGACUGGCUCAAGCUUAGUCUGGGCGGCGUAAAAGGAGCUUAG